CCUGCGCUGCUUCGGCCGCGUCUGCAGCCGCCGCGGGACCAGGCGGGCGCCAGCCAUGGAAGAACUAAUAGUUGAACUACAGCUGUUUCUUCAGCUUCUGGACCAUGAAUACUUAACAACCACAGUCAGGGAGAAAAAGGCAGCUUUGAGUAACAUUCUUCUGAGGAUACAAUCAUCAAAAGGUUUUGAAAUAAAAGAAAAUGCACAGAAACAAGAGGUUACAAGUAACUUACCUGCUCCUCCUCAGAUGCCUCUACCAGAGAUUCCUCAGCAAUGGCUGCCACCAGAUAAUGGUCCACCGCCAUUACCUUCCUCAUCCCUUCCUGAAGGUUACUAUGAGGAAGCAGUGCCACUCAGUCCAGGAAAGGCUCCAGAAUACAUCACAUCCAAUUACGAUUCUGAUGCUAUGAGCAGCUCUUAUGAGUCUUAUGACGAAGAGGAUGAGGAUGGGAAAGGGAAGAAAAUGAGACACCAGUGGCCUUCUGAAGAAGCAUCGAUGGACCUUGUUAAGGAUGCUAAAAUCUGUGCCUUCCUUUUAAGAAAGAAGCGAUUUGGACAGUGGACUAAACUGCUUUGUGUGAUCAAAGAAAACAAACUACUGUGCUAUAAGAGUUCCAAGGACCAACAGCCUCAGAUGGAACUUUUGUUGAGUGGCUGCAGUAUUACAUACAUUCCCAAAGAUAGUAAAAAGAAGAAGCACGAGCUGAAAAUCACCCACCAGGGGCAAGAUGCUUUAGUGCUUGCUGUACAGAGCAAGGAGCAGGCAGAUCAGUGGCUGAAGGUAAUUAAGGAAGUUUGCAACAACUAUAUUGGAGCUACAGAUUCAGAUGGACCUUCAUCUAAUUCUCCUGUUCACAAGACUGAACUGGAAAAGAAACUAUCUUCAGAAAGACCAAGUUCUGAUGGUGAGGGGAUUGUAGAAAAUGGAAUAGCUGCCAUCUGUAAUGGAAAAGAGCAAGUAAAGAGGAAAAAGAGCUCUAAGACAGAUUCCAAGGGCACUGUGUCUAAAGUAACAGGGAAGAAGAUAACUAAGAUAAUUGGCUUAGGAAAGAAGAAGCCCUCCACAGAUGAACAAACCUCAUCAGCUGAAGAAGAUAUCCCCACUUGUGGAUAUCUUAACGUGCUCUCAAAUAACCGGUGGCGUGAGCGCUGGUGCAGAGUGAAAGAUAAUAAGCUCAUUUUCCACAAAGACAGAACGGAUCUAAAGACCCAUAUUGUCUCUAUUCCUCUCUGUGGCUGUGAAGUUAUUCCAGGGUUGGACUCCAAACACCCCUUGACCUUCCGCCUGCUUCGAAAUGCACAGGAGGUUGCCGUAUUAGAGGCUUCAUCUUCAGAAGACAUGGGCAGGUGGAUUGGUAUUUUGCUGGCUGAAAGUGGCUCAUCUGCAGAUCCUGGCACUCUGCACUAUGACUACAUAGAUGUGGAUGUGACGGCAAGUGUCAUUCAAGCCGCAAAACAGACCUUCUGUUUUAUGAACAGACGGGUUCUGUCCACUAAUCCUUAUCGAGGGAAUGCUGCCAAUGGCUAUGCGUGUCCCAGCGGGAUGGCACUUCAUUAUGACGAUGUUCCUUGCAUAAAUGGAUCAGUAAGAAUUGAUUUUUGUUGGGAACCGGAAGAUGGCUUUCCUGCUUCUCGUGGCAGAGACAUGAGAGAAGAUGGGCUUUAUGAUAAUAUGGGCCUGUACGAUAACUUGCCGUCUCCGAAAAUCUUUGCACGCUACCCACCAGCAGACCGAAAAACCAAUAGGUUAUCUACUGACAAACUGUCCUCUAACCACUAUAAAUAUCCUGUCUCAUCCAAUCUGUCUUCUGCUCAAUCUGUCACUAAUACCUCUGCUGUGGGGAGGGGAUCUGUGUCACAGUUUAAAGGAAAGAAGGCUUCUGCAGCUACAAAUGGAAUAAUGGGGAAAGCUAGAACAUUAAACAACCCACAAAAGAAAUUGGAAUCUGCUUCAAAUGUGAAACGGAGCAAUUCUAAUGCUGAACAGUACAAAUAUGGAAAGAACCGGGUUGAAGCAGAUGCAAAGAGGUUGCAGACCAAAGAGGAGGAGCUGUUGAGGAGAAGAGAAACUCUGAGGAAUCGCCUGGCUCAGCUUCGAAAGGAAAGGAAAGACCUUAGAGCAGCCCUGGAAGCGAAUGCUGGUAGGAAAACCCUAAUUAUCCUUGAAGAUAAACUAAAGAAGUUGGAAGAGGAGUGUAAGUUGAAAGAGUCUGAACGUGUCACUCUGGAACUAGAGCUGACAGAGGUGAAAGAGAAGCUGAAGAAAGCCUUGGCUGGUGGCAUCACAUUGGGACUGGCGAUCGAGCCUAAAUCUGGAACCUCAACUGCACAGUCUCCAGUUCUAAGGCAUCAGACCCUGGAGAAUUCACCUAUCUCCAGCUGUGAUACAAGUGAUACUGAAUGUUCUGUGCCUGUGAACAGUGCCAUAGUCCUGAAAAGACAUUCCUCCUCAAGCACUUCUCCAUGCAGAGGCCAUGUGCUUCAGAAGGCAAAGGAAUGGGAGAUGAAAAAUGGAACAUAAAGAAGUAAAAUCGUCACUAGUGCCCUGUUUGGUAUGGCUCAAGAUGGACUGAAGAAGAUUUACUGCACCAUGAUACAAAGGGUUUGUCAAUCCUGUUCAGUUAGUGGUCAAUAUAGUUUAAUACAGCCAAGAGGAGGGCCAUCUUGAAUGUGUCAUUUUUGUUACUGUGACACUUCUUACGGAAAUAACAUAAUAUAAAAGGAACAUUUUAAAUGGUUAUGUAGAUGGAUCAGGUUAAACUAGCAAUUGUCUUGGAUGGAAUUUGAGAUUGGCAUGUUUCAGUACUCAUUUGAAAUAGUUUUAGAUAGCUUUAAUCAUUUGGUACAAGAUCAGAUGUUGGCUCUCUGUAGAAGUUGCUGGAUAAAUGUGGGGAUUCUCAA